AUGGAAGACGAUCGCCUCGUCCGACGCCUUGGCUCCGGCCACGCCGGCGAAGUCUUCGAAGCUGUAAUCGGAGGCAGAGUCUACGCGCUCAAGCUAUACAUCAGCCUCGACGAGCACUCCAGCGAGAAGAAGGCCUACGCCAAACUCAACAAAGCCCUCACCAGCGCCAAGGCGAAAAUCGCGUCCAAGUCCACAACCGACUCGGCCAUGGCCCGACUCCUCAUCAUCAUCAACUCCUUCUGCCAGGAGCAAGACGUUUGCGCAGUGGACACGCUGCUGGAGAACUACAGCGGCCCGACCAACUCGUGCUUCCUUUCUCAACCCGUCGAAAAGUACUGUCGUCUGGGCAUGCGGUUGGAGAUGAUCCACGGACCAACGCUGGAUGACAAAGAUGACAGUGGCACGGGAGCGGUGACGACGGUGCUGAAGACGGAGGGCCAGAAGAGGAGGGUUUGGCAGCGGCUGAGGGAUGCGCUCGAGUGGCUGCAUCGGAAGGCCGAGAUGCUGCAUGGGUCUGUGCAUGGCAGGAAUGUCAUUUUGGUGAGGGUCGGGGAGAGGGUGGGGAAGGUGGGGGAUGGCGACGAGGAAGAAGAAGAAGCAGAGGCGGGUGUAGAAGAAGAAGAAGGGCAAGACCAAGAAUACGAAGACGAAGAAGAAGAUGAAGUAGACUACAUGCCCAUCCUCAUCGACUUCAAUCACGUGGAGUGGAAGAAAGAUCAUGACUCCGGCGCGGCCUGGAUCGAUGCCUGCAUAUCCGAACUCAACAGCGCGGACGCACUGCUGCCAAUGGUCGCGUUGAAAGACAUGGUAGCAUCACAGGGCAGGAUAGUAAAGAGCGACCAUUACUGCAGGAAGAGGGCCAAGGCAUUUGUCUGUGGUACAUGUUUCAUUUGCUUGAAGAACAGGCUGAGUCGCCUGAGGAAGACAGUGGAUGGACUGUGGGGAGACGAGAGCUUGAAGUAUGCUCGUGGGAGCGAGGAAAUCGUCCAGCCCAUACUUGUCGAUGCUUUGCACGUGGUCACGGAUAUCCUGGAGGACAUUGAGCUGUCAAAGGCGCCUUAUUUCCACAUCAAUCUGCUAAAGCACUGGGCUUGGGAGCUUGCGGAGCCGCUGCUGCGGAGGGUUCUGGACGACUUGCCUUGCGCUGGUGAUGAGGUCUUCAAGACUGCCCUCGGCUGUCAGUAA